UGGAAUUGAGCAGUGCCUCCAUGUUGCCCUUGCCGGGUGCAUCUGGGGAGUCCAUGCAGCCAGUGUGCUCGCUCUGGAGGAUGAUAGAAGAACGAUUGGCACCCAGUGAGAGGCUCGAGGUGAAAGCUAUGUUGGGUGCUGAUACUGUGGAACGGAGCUUGGAACUUCAUGCUGAGGUGUGUAUCCUGUUGGAAUGCUAUCGGGAACUGCAGUUGGACCACCACAGACUGGAGCAGAGUCCUGUACAAGCAGCCGACCGCUGGACCUUGCUGGCUGCUCCCCCCCACCUCAAGGAGCUGGUGCGGGAGGAGAUCCGCCUUCUCCUGAUUGGCCUGCAGCAAAAGGCACUUCAGGAGGGGAGGGACCAAGACUGUGCCCUUGCUAAAUACAGCCCACACGUGGUCACUUUUGCUUUAAAGGCAAAUGUUGGCACUGGCCGGCCAUCUGAGAGCAAUGCCCUCAUCAGGGCACUGCCCUCCACAGCAGCUAAUGACUUGGGACCCUUCUGUAAUAACCUGAAUAUUGCCCAUAUUGGUGAGGUAUCCACACAGCUUCGGACCCUGCUAGAGGAGGAGUGCCAUGCUCUGGAAAGAUGCAUCCCUUAUUUACAGAGCCAUCUGGAGGAGGCACAUCAGCAGACCACAGAGCUCCUAGAGGCAGCACAUGAGCCCACCAUGGCUGAACUUCAAGAAGAGAAACGUGCUAUGGAGCGGGAUCUGCAGCUGAGCCACUCCAAAACAUGCCCUAGUCCUUCCCUGAUGCCAAAGCAACUUGGGAGUAGCAGCUACCAGCCCAGCUGUGCAAAAGGCGCCAUCAACAGACCAAACUUUGGGGAAAUCAGUCCUGCUGCUAAUGUGUCUCCUUCACGGAAUGCCAGAGAUCAAACUUCUCCUUUAUGUCAUCAGGUACCAGUCCAGUGGUGCCAUUCAGUAAAAGGACGAUUGGGACAGAUGAACCAAGAUGGUGAGGUCAACCAUGCAAGGAAGGACAAUGACAUUCAGCUGCCCAAACCUGUGAUUCCAGCACCUCCAAAGGAAGACAAGAUCGCUUCAGUUUGCCGGAUAGCAGUAUCAGGCUGGGAUACUGCCUUCCACCCCGUGCCUCCUCCACAACCAUGCCCACUGCCUCGCUUUUGCCCCCGCACUAGGUUGCUGAGAUGUAAAGGGCCUAGCUAG